CGGUGUACCGCCGAACUGCCGAUGUUUACGGCCCUCCAGUCGUUGCCCCGUCGGUCGUCGCGAGCGUACUGUUCGUUCGUAAUCGUGCCGAGUGUUUUACGUGUGUGUCGUGCGGUUUAAUUCUAUUUGUUUUUUAAUACAUUUUCGCGUGUGCUUGCCGUAUUUUUCGCGUGCGUUGUUCGUUCGCGUCUAUCACAAACAUGUUUCGGUGUCGUCAUCGCAUCCGAGUAUUGACUUUCAGAAAAUAAUAACAAUAUUUUGUGCCGUGAUUGGUGGUAGUUUUGAUUUAAAAAUUUUUUUGGAUAUACGUAAUUUUUCCCCGUUUCAUCUGCCGCUGUCGUCUCAUCAUAAACCUCCCCCCUGUGCGCGAAGUUUAGUGGAGAAAAUAUGAAAACUUCCCGGCGACGGGAAUUUGGCCGGCCUGUGCUGCUGAUGCUGUUGUUAGCGUUCAUAUCGGUCGGCGACGUUACAGGACAAUAUAGAAAACCGAGAAUUACCGAGCAUCCUACUGAUAUAACUGUACCGAAAAAUGAACCGAUCACUUUGGGAUGUAAAGCUGAAGGCCGGCCAGAGCCGACAAUCGAAUGGUAUAAAGACGGCGAAUUGUUAAAAAUCCCACCAAAUGGUGUGGCAGCUGGUGGAGGUGGUGAUAACGGAGCCAGAUCUUCGCAAAAAGUUAUCCUAUCCGACGGUUCUUUGUUUUUCUUGCGAGUGGCCCACAACAAAAAGGAACAGGACAGUGGCGUUUAUUGGUGCGUUGCCAAAAACGUAGCUGGUACAGAAGUAAGCCGAAACGCAACACUUCAAGUAGCAGUGCUCAAAGACGAAUUCCGAGUGGAGCCAAAGGACACAAAAGUAGCUCAGGGACAGACGGCGCUCAUGGAGUGCAGUCCACCUAAAGGUCAUCCAGAUCCAAUGGUUGUUUGGAAGAAAAACAGAGAAGACGUACACAUAGAUUCUACGACAAGGAUGCGAAUCGUAGACGGUGGCAAUUUGAUGAUUACAGACGUCAAACAAGAUGACGGUGGUGAAUAUCAAUGCGUGGCACAAAACAUCGUAGGCAAGAAGGAAAGUACACCGGCCAAACUCACUGUCAAUGUGAAACCAUUCAUAAAUUCCGAACCAAAAGAUGUAACAGUGCUCACUGGACAGACUGCCGAAUUCGAAUGCAAGGUGAGUGGUGAUCCAAAACCAAACAUCUACUGGGAACGCGAUGGUAAUAAAAUGCCUUUCGGCCGAGCCCAAAUAUUGGACAACAAAUCACUGCGGAUCAUUAACGUGAUAGCACAAGACGAAGGACUCUACGUUUGUAAUGCCGAAAAUGACGUGGGUUCCGAGGAGGCUAAGGCUUCAUUAACCGUACACUCCCCGCCGACAUUUGUGACCAGACCCAAAGACCAAAAAGUGGGCCUCAACGGAAUUGCAAAUUUUGACUGCGUAGCCCAGGGCAACCCACCACCGUCUGUGUUUUGGUCGCGUGAAGGGUCACAGGUGCUGAUGUUCCCUGGCAACGCAUACGGGCAUUUUCACGUCACUCAAGACGGCACGCUACGCAUACAGGGGGCUCAAAAAGAAGACGCCGGUUUCCUCGUGUGUUCCGCGUUGUCUGUCGCUGGAUCGGUGACUUUUAGAGCUUUCUUACAGGUCACAUCCGUGCAAGAUGUUCCUCCACCUGUUGUCGAUAUCGGACCGACUAACCAAACGUUAGCCACGAGAUCAGCUGCCACACUACCAUGUCAAGCGUCCGGUAUACCAUUGCCUACCAUAAAAUGGUAUAGAAACGGAAAUUAUUUGUCUCCAGAUGAUCCCAGAGUAACCAUUACAUCGUCGGGCACAUUACAAAUAGACGAACUCGAAGUAUCUGAUUCCGGUCUGUACACCUGCACUGCUUCUUCGGAAAGCGGUGAGACUUCCUGGUCGGCAUCACUGAGCGUCGAGGAAUCUCCGGGCUCACGGCUCCACCGUGCGCCUGACCCUGCCAUGUUUCCAGCGGCCCCGUCAGUGCCGACCAUCGUAAACGUCACCAGAAACUCAGUUACUGUUACGUGGCACCCGCCCACUCCACACCUUGGCGCUUCUCCGAUCAUCGGAUACACGCUCGAGUAUUACAGUCCGGACCUACAAACCGGAUGGGUAGUCGCCGCACAUCGCAUAUCGACCAACACCAUGGUUGUCGAUAAUCUAAAACCAGACACGUCGUACGUGUUCAUGGUAAGAGCGGAAAACUCGCAUGGCUUGAGUGUGCCUAGCGCGUUGUCUGCUAUGGUAAAAACCGGUGGGACUAAUACUAUUAUCACACAACAGUCUCUGGAAGAAGCCCGAGAACGGCUCGGCACUAAAAUUAUAGACUUCAAAGAACUGUUUCCGGUAUCGUCUACGUCAGUACGAGUAAUAUGGGAGGUAUUGAGCAAUCCCGAAUGGGUAGAAGGUAUUCACGUACGGUUCAGAGACUUAUCGGGUGGCUCGCAGACCUAUAACAUGAUGACAGUAAUGAUGAACAACGGUGAGCCUAAGUCGUAUACUCUGGCCAACCUCCGUAAAUAUAACAAGUACGAUUUCUUCUUGGUUCCGUUCUUUAAGACGGUCGAAGGCCAACCUUCGAACUCCAUGGUCGUCCAAACCUACGAAGAUGUUCCUUCUGCGGCUCCGGAAGACGUACAGACAGGUAUGGUUAACGCUACUACCGCGUUCAUACGAUGGUCGACACCUCCACCACAACACGUCAACGGAGUAUUAUUGGGUUAUAAAAUACAAGUGAAGAAUAACAACGCUACAAAAGCCGCCGUACAAGAGCUGUUGAACUCGUCGACCACGACGAUAAUGCUCAACUUGACGGUGGGUGGCAGCUUCACGGCUCGGGUACAGGCGUACACCCGGAGCGGGUACGGGCCCUACAGCGCUCCAGUACCGAUCGUCAUGGAUCCGGCGUACCCGGCCAGGGCGUAUUCGUCUACGUCCAACGGCGAGGCGUGGAUCAUCGUGCUGUUGGCGGCCCUAGUGGUAAUGUUGGCGUGCGUUAUUGUCACCGUCGUGUACUUGAAGCGGAAACAGAAUGCCGGCAAACAGUUGGGCCACUUCAACGUGCCGGUGGUCAGUGGCGACCUGUCACAACUUAGCAUGUUGAGUGCCGGUGGCAAGGAGGCGCUGUGGAUCGACCGCGGUUGGCGCAACGGGGAGAAAGACCCCGAGUCCAAACUGUUGAACGGCAUCGGUAGGGAGACGCCCUGUGCGGACUACGCCGAGGUGGACACCCGAAACUUGUCGACGUUCUACAACCCGCGCAAGGACAUGACGUCCAACCCGACACCGUACGCCACCACUACUCUGCUGAACCGUGACGAUUGCAACGAAUCUACGCAUUUGUUUGGGGCCGCUAGCAGCUCAUCCGAAACCAAGACUCUGAGUUCCAACGGAUCGUGUCAUGAACGUUGUCAUGAACAAGUGGCUGGGCCUAACAAUCAUUACCUCGACGAAAACGUGGACUUCAAUAAUCACAAGCGAAAACCGCCAAUCUACCCGAUCAAUCAAGCACCGCCUCCGAAUUGGAACGAGUUCCUCCCACCGCCCCCUCAACACCCGCCGACCGAUUCUAUGCGGAAAACGUCUCAGUCCAACGGAGGCAGUCCACAAACAAGUCGUCGUAUGCACGCUGGAAGUUUCCCGAAACAGUCCCACAUCCACUCCAGCAAGUCUUUGGCCGGAAGUUGCAACGGCUAUACGCCCGCAUGGAUUUACACUGGAAACCAGAGCAACGAACACAGAUUUAACCCGCCGCCUUCCACACAACCACCACCGGUACCGAACUCGUCUCAUCCAUCCGUAUGCAACGUGUCUUCGUGCCAGGGACUGGAUCGGUCGUCCAACAAGUAUGGCGCGUCGCGGAACCGCAUGCACUCCGAUUACGAAUACGAGAGCGCGUCGCUCUUGUACGGCCAUGUCAAUCAGCCGACGCAACAGCAGCCUCAACCACCUCCGAUGCAGUGCAACAAACGGACGCCCGACGAACAGCCACAGCAGUACAACACUUGCUGUUCCGAAGGGAAUAGCAUAGACCGUUGUAUGCAGUCCACUCUGCCGGGUCUCGCGUACAAACAUCAUUCCGAACAGUGGCAUCGAGACCGCGGUUGGUGUGACGAAGACGAUGACGACGAUGACGAUAGAGGUGUUGGCGGCGGUGGCGUUAAUCUCGCGGGAGCUGACGACAAAGGUAGCUGCAGCAGCGGUUGUUCGUGCAGCGAAUCGUCUUGUCUGUACGCCGAGGCGACGGACGUACCGUGUCCACCUGUGCUUCAGUCGUCGUCUUCGUCAACAGCUGUUGGACGCAAGUGAUAAUGCGCCACUUCCGACGAGCGUUGUCACCGGUACUAGUCCGAGUCGACGAUUACAAGUGUGACGGUUCGUUGAAGACCGCCCAAAAAUCGUCAUAAGUCAAUUCGAUGUCUCACAUUCGAAAAAACACAAACUAUCAAAUCAAAAUGUUUCGAGUAAACCCUGUUGUACAUAUGAAACCAAUUUUCGCUCGAAUUUUUUUUUUUACCUUAUCGUUAUGCGUAGUUAUACAACUUAAUUAUAUACCUAUGCAUUAUACAUAAUAUUUGUAAAUUAUAUAAAUAAUCAAUCGUAUUGUAUAACUUUUUUUUUUUGUUAUUUACCAAUACACACCGUGUGUGUCGUAUAUAUACAAUACGUAAUCGAUUUUUUUUUUAAAUUUUUGUUCUUGUAAAAAAAUAAUGUACAUAAUGAAUUGUUAUUUAUUUGUAAACUUGAUUGGUAUUAAUUUUAUGAUAUAGUUCCUUUUUAUUUAUUUUUUUUUUCUUUUAUAUAUCGAGAUGUUGUUGUGAUAGAUUCUAUUUUAUUUAUGUAAAUUAGUUUAUUUUACGUUUCGUUAGACACACAUCACACGUUUUAGCCGGAAACAAAUCCAGCUCAUUGUUUUAAUACUAUAUAAUAUGUACCGACUGCGCAGAGCUCAAACGCGUGUUUUUUUUUUUACCGAAAACGAUACGCUUUUCGCCUCCUACCCUUAGCGUACAUGAUAUAACAAUAAUAUUUAUCGUAUAAUAAUAAUAUAAUAUCGUUUAAGACAAUCCACGAAUGAUUUCAAUAAACAUUUCUAUGAAAAAAAUAAAUUAAAAACCAACCGAUUUUUUUUACUCUCGGAUAUAUAUAUACCUAUAUUUGUGUACAAUAUUUUUUAUUAUCAAUAUUAUAGUAUCCAAUUCGACCUUGAGCAGAUUAUUAUAUUGUUCGUUCCAAAACGAACAAUCGCGUUUUGUUAUUUUAAGGACCUGCUUUUUUACAUUUUUUUUUUUUUUAUAUUAUUAUUAUUAAUUUUUCAUACGUUAUAACAAUAAAUUUAAACCUCCAAAAAAUAAACUACAUAUUACGAUUUAUCCUCUUCUACUAUUAUUAUUAUUAUUAUUGUUUUUACUGUGAUAAUUGAAUGAUGAAUAAUAUUAUGUAAUUACGACGAACCUAUUAAUUUUUAAUGAGUAUUCUAUUAUGAUAUACAUAUUAUUACUAUUAGGUAUAUUAUAUAAACGCACGAUUAGAAUAUCAGGACUGAAUAUAAUAUACAAUAUAAUAUGCAUAUCGUAAUAACAAUAUUCCCGACGACUACUAAAUAGUGUAUUAUUAUUAUUUGUAUUACAUUAUAUUAUUAUAUUAUUGUUUCGCGUCAAUGUUCAACGUUAGAGUUUAAGUGUAUAAUUAUAAAAUUAAUAUUUUAACGGUUAUUUAAAUAAUUUAUAAUGAUCUGUAAUAUUAAAAUAUGUGUUGUAAUAAGUGUCUAGAUGUAUAAAAAAUAAAAUAAACGUAAUCAUAUAAAACAAUACUACAACUGGCGCCCUUCAGCUAUUGGUGCCACGUGCUUGUAAAAACUACUAUUAUCGUUACGUUGUAUAUUAUUUAUAAAUAAACGAAAAAAAAAAAACAAAAAUAUUACUGAGCCUAUGUUUACGAUGUAAGGAUAUAAUAAUAUUAUACUAUGUAGACACGAGUCAUAUUGUAUACUUAUAUACUUGUAGUUAUAUGAACGAAAAAAAUAAAACGUAAUAAUAUUAUA